AACUGGUGCGGGUGCUGUUUUCCUGUCAGCCGACGCAGUGGCUGUGUGCGGGUCCCGCUCCUCUUCCUGUUCCACCUACCCCCGGUUUCUGGCUCCUCAGUCCUUCCUUGGAACUACCGUACACGGCUUUUCUCUUCCUUAUUUACCAUCCCGGCCUCCCCGCCCGGUGUCCCUCACGGAGGGGGGGACCAGCUGCCGAAGAUGGCGGCGGGGGCCUCGGAGUGGCUGCUCCUAAGAGACGGCUGUUUUCGCUGCGACGAGCAGGGUGUGAGCAGCUUGUCCUACCACCCGUCUCUUAAUGCGAUCCUGGCUGUCACUAACCGGGGCAGCAUUAAAGUGAUCGACGGCACGUCAGGGGCCAUUCUGCAGUCGUCAGCUGCACACGUGAAACCUGGUGGUCGAGUGAGAUGUCAGUAUUUCCCAACAGUGGAUAAAGUUAUUUUUGUAGAUGAUUAUGCAGUGGGCUGUAGAAAAGAUCUAAAUGGAAUUUUAUUGCUAGAGACAGCACUUCAAACCCCAGUUUCCAAACCAGAUGAUGUGAUCCAGCUUGAGUUGCCUGUUACGGAGGCACAACAGCUGUUGUCUGCUUGCCUGAAGAAGAUUGAUGUUUCUAGUGCCGAAGGCUAUGACUUGUUUAUCAUGCAGCUAAAAGAUGGCUUUAAAAAUACCUCACACGAGACUGCAGGAAAUCACAAAGUUGCUAAGUGGGCAACCGUGACAUUUCAUCUUCCUCAUAACGUGUUGAAGUCUCUGAUGAGUGCAAUUGUAAAUGAGCUAAAGAAGAUCAAUCAAAACAUCGCCGCACUACCCGUAGCCUCAUCUGUGAUGGAUAGAUUAUCUUAUCUGUUACCAAGUGCUAGACCGGAGCUAGGAGUUGGUCCUGGUCGUUCUGUAGAUCGGUCCUUGAUGUAUAGUGAAGCAAACAGAAGGGAGACUUUUACAUCGUGGCCUCAUGUGGGAUAUAAAUGGGCCCAGCCUGACCCAAUGGCUCAAGCAGGAUUUUAUCAUCAGCCGGCUUCUUCAGGAGAUGACCGGGCCAUGUGCUUCACUUGUAGUGUAUGCUUAGUGUGCUGGGAACCUACUGAUGAACCAUGGUCGGAGCAUGAAAGACAUUCCCCAAUCUGCCCCUUUGUCAAAGGUGAACACACACAGAAUGUACCCCUUUCCGUAACACUAGCAACAUGUCCAGCACAGUUCCCUUUCGCAGAUGGCACAGAUAGGAUAUCCUGUUUUGGGGUUGGAAAUUGUCCGCAUUUUUUAGCUGCUGCAACAAAAAGAGGGAAGAUAUGUGUAUGGGAUGUUUCUAAACUCAUGAAGGUGCACUUAAAAUUUGAGGUAAAUGCAUAUGACCCUGCAAUAGUACAAUUGUUGGUACUAUCUGGAGACCCUAAUUCUGCUGUAGAAGCUAGAAGGCCAACACUGGCAUGGCUUGAGGAUUCAUCCAGCUGUUCUGAUAUCCCGAAAUUAGAAGGUGACAGUGAUGACUUACUGGAUUAUUCAGAUAGUGAAGAACGUUCUAGGUCUGACUCUGUGACUGGGCACACAUCACAAAAGGAAACCCUGGAGAUGAGUCUGGAUAUAACAGCCCUCAGCGUACUCCAGCAGCCAGAGAAACUACAGUGGGAAAUUGUUGCAAAUGUCCUUGAAGAUACUGUAAAGGAUUUAGAGGAACUUGGAGCUAACCCUUCUUUAGCUAGUUGCAAAAGUGAAAAGACAAAGGAGAAGCAUUUAGAACAGCACAACAUUCCCUUUCCUUGCUUAGUGACUGGUGGUUUACUAACAUACAGAUCUCCUGCUUCUUCCCCAACUAGUAGUAAUUCCCGAAGGUCUUUGGAUGCUUUAAGUAGGACUCCAGGUGAGAGCGCUUCUGAUCAGGGCUCAACUGAUGAAUCUGGCACCAAUUCUGAACUUAAUUCUCCUCUUGUAAAACGGACUCUACCGGUGUUGUUGCUUUACAGCAUCAAGGAGUCUGAUGAAAAAGCAGGGAAACUCUUUUCUCAGAUGAACAAUAUUAUGAGUAAAAGUUUACAUGAUGAUGGGUUCACUGUGCCACAAAUCAUUGAGAUGGAGCUUGAUAACCAGGAACAACUACUUUUACAGGAUCCCCCUGUUACAUACAUACAGCAGUUUGCUGAGGCUACUGCUAAUCUGACAUCUCCUGACUCAGAUAAGUGGACUUCAAUGAUUCCCAAACCUGGGACCUUAGUGCAGUGUUUGCGACUUCCCAAGUUUGCAGAAGAGGAGAACUUAUGUGUUGAUUCCAUUAUCCCAUGUUCUGAUGGUGUCCACCUUUUAGUAGCAUUACAAAAAUGUCCAGCAGAGCCAUUGAGUGCAAUAAAUCAAGUUGAGGCCUUGAAUAAUUUAAAUAAAUUAAAUUCUGCACUUUGUAGUAGAAGGAAAGGAGAAGUAGAACCUAGUUUAAGUGUAGUGAAUGGCACCAGCAUCAAUGUUAUCCCCUGUGAGUCUUCAUCUGAAGUUCAUGAUCCUUUAAUUAUUCAGCCUGACAAGAGAACUGUGAGUGGGGGUUAUCUUGUGAUUUACAAAAUGAAUUAUACCACCAGGAUAGUAACGUUGGAGGAGGAUCCAGUAAAAUUUUUACAUAUUAAGGACCCUCAAGAUGCAAUUACCUCACUUAUUUUGCUACAGCCAGAUAUUUUAGAUAAUAGAGAGGAUGACUCUGAAGAAUCUUCAGAAGAAACCCCUUUAACUCCUAAACAUGUCAAUGGGAAAGAAAAGAAAUGUGACAUGCAGAGUUUGGGGCACCUGGUUGUAACUACUCAAGCUGGAUAUGUAAAAAUAAUAGAUCUGUCAACUUUUGAAAUAAUGGCUAAAGUUGAUCCACCACAAAAAGAGGGCACGGAAGAUGUGGAUCCAUUUUUGUCGGUUGUGUACUGCUCAGGCACAGACCGCUUGUGUGCUUGCACAAAAGGUGGAGAGCUCCACUUUCUUCAGAUUGGAGGAGCAUGCGAUGAUCUAGAUGAAACAGAUAUUCUUGUUGAUGCUUCUCUAUCAAAAGGAGCAGAGCAGUUAGUGGAGGGUAUCAAACCAAUAUCGAACCCCUCCAGUCCUGGCAUUAAAGGUGUUGAUCUUUUGGUUGAUCAGCCUUUCUCUUUAGAAAUGUUGACGUGCUUGGUUGAGCUUACCCGUUUUGAGACUCUUAUACCAAGGUUUUCUGCUACUGUCCCUCCAUGCUGGGUUGAAGUGCAACAAGAGCAACAGCAAAGGAGGCAUCCACAGCACUUACACCAGCAGCACCAUGGUGAUGCUGCACAGCACACCCGUACCUGGAAAUUGCAGAAUGACAGCACUAGCUGGGAUGAACAUGUUUUUGAAUUGGUGCUACUUAAGGCCUGCAUGGUGGGACACGUGGACUUUAAGUUCUUAUUGAAUUCUAACAUUAAAAACAUUCCACAAAUCCAAGUGACUUUACUCAAAAACAAGUCUCCCGGAUUAGCAAAAGUUAAUGAGACACCUGUAGAUAGACCAGUUUCAUUUCCCCUUUCACCAGCCUUUAAUGUUGAUAUUCAAAAAAAUGGAAAACAGGGCCCUGUUGACUUAAGUGAAGACAUGCAGAAUAUGGAAGUAGAAGAUUCUCAGUCACCUUGGCUAUGUCCAUUUCUGGAAGAACAUAAAGAGGAUAUUUUGUGUGGUCCAGUUUGGCUAGCGAGUGGUCUUGACCUUUCUGGGCAUGCUGGAAUGUUGACUUUAACCAGUCCAAAGCUUGUAAAAGGCAUGGCUGGUGGAAAAUAUCGUUCCUUUCUAAUUCAUGUCAAGGCUGUUAAUGACAGGGGCACGGAGGAUUCAUCCAAUGGUGCUGCAAGGCCUGUUGUAAGGAUUCCUACCCAUAAACCACAGAGUGUAAAAGGACAUUCUCUAGCAACACUUCUCGCUAAGGUUGUUCCUGGCAAGGAUAAAUCCUCUGCUAAAUUGGACACCAAGAAUUCCACAAGGAAAGCUAAUAAUCUCAGAGGUUGUGACUUGCUUCAAGAAGUCUCUGUCACAAUACGUCGCUUUAAAAAAACAUGUAUUCCAAAAGAGAGACUUCAGCGAUGUGCCAUGCUGCAGUUAUCGGAUUUUCAUGAAAAGCUCCUCAACACCCUUUGUAAAAAGACAGAGGAUAGCCUUGCCACUGAGCAUGCCCAGAGCCUGGUGCUAGAUAUCCUUUGUUGGCUGGCUGCAGUACAUUUAAAUGGCCCUGGCAGCUUGCGUGAAGGAAAGGAAAGCUUGCUUUCUAAAACAAGAAAUUGUUUGACUGAAAUUGUACGUGCAUGUUUUUUUGAAGCUGGAAGAAGCAUAGCCCAUAAAUGUGCCCGAUUCUUGGCUCUUUGUAUAAGCAAUGGAAAGUGUGAUCCUAGUCAACAAGGCUUUGGCUUUGUCCUUCUAAAGGCUCUGCUGGAUAAUAUAACCUACCUGCCUUCUGCUGCAACUGGAGGCUCAGUCUACUGGUAUUUUGUUUUAUUAAAUUAUGUGAAAGAUGAAGAUUUGGCUGGCUCUAGUACAGCCUGUGCAUCUCUUCUCACUGCUGCAUCCAGACAACUGCAAGACAGGCUCACACCAAUGGAAGCAUUACUUCAAACAAGGUAUGGACUGUAUAGUUCACCAUUUGAUCCUGUUCUCUUCGAUUUGGAAGUGAGUGGUUCAUCAUGUAAAAAUAUAUACAAUAGCAGUGCCAGUAUUCAGUCUGAUGAAAUCGACCUCUCGGAUGUUCUUUUAGGCAGUGGAAAAGUAAACAGCAGUGCUGCAGCUGAGGGGAGUUUCACAUCACUUACAGGGUUGCUUGAAGUUGAACCUUUGCACUUUACAUGUGUCUCCACCAGCGAUGGUACCAGAAUAGAGAGGGAUGAUGCUAGCACAUUUACUGUAAGCACGUUUGGUGUGACGCCAGCUGUGGGUGGCCUCUCUGCUGGAACAGUUGGAGAAGCCUCAACAGCUCUUAGCUCAGCAGCACAAGUUGCAUUGCAGUCACUUUCCCAUGCAAUGGCCUCAGCCGAACAGCAGCUCCAGGUACUGCAAGAGAAACAGCAGCAGCUUCUGAAGCUUCAGCAACAGAAGGCAAAACUGGAAGCCAAGCUGCACCAGACCACAGCAGCAGCAGCUGCCGCAGCCUCAGCUGUAGGCCCAGUCCACAACUCUGUGCCUUCUAACCCUGUGGCAGCUCCAGGGUUUUUCAUCCACCCUUCUGAUGUCAUACCUCCCACUCCAAAAACAACGCCGCUCUUCAUGACUCCGCCUCUUACCCCUCCCAACGAGGCCGUGUCAGCAGUCAUCAACGCAGAGCUGGCUCAGCUGUUUCCAGGCACAGUCAUCGAUUCUCCUCCGGCUAUACUAGCAUCACAUAACAAAAAUACAAACAAAUCCAGAGUGAAUCAGCUGGGCUCUGGUCUUGCACUAGCUAUCUCACAUGCUUCUCACUUCCUGCAGCCUCCGCCACAUCAGUCCAUAAUUAUAGAAAGAAUGCAUUCUGGGGCCAGAAGGUUUGUGACGCUGGACUUUGGAAGGCCUGUGCUGCUGACUGAUAUCCUAAUCCCCACAUGUGGGGAUCUGGCAUCUCUCUCAAUUGAUAUCUGGAGUUUAGGGGAGGAGGUAGAUGGCAGGAGAUUAGUAGUUGCAACUGACAUCAGCACCCAUUCGCUUAUAUUGCACGACUUAAUUCCACCACCUGUCUGCAGGUUCAUGAAGAUAACAGUGAUUGGACGUUAUGGCAGUACAAAUGCAAGAGCCAAGAUUCCACUUGGUUUUUACUAUGGCCACACAUACAUCUUACCUUGGGAGAGUGAACUAAAGCUAAUGCAUGACCCACUCAGAGGGGAAAGUGAAUCUGCAAAUCAGCCAGAUGUUGACCAACAUUUAACCAUGAUGGUAGCUUUGCAGGAGGACAUUCAGUGCAGAUACAACCUGGCCUGUCAUCGGUUGGAAACUUUGCUGCAGAGCAUUGACCUUCCACCUCUUAAUAGUGCCAACAAUGCACAGUAUUUUCUGAGAAAGCCAGACAAGGCUGUAGAAGAGGACAGUAGAGUUUUUUCAGCUUAUCAAGACUGCAUUCAGCUGCAGCUUCAGUUGAACUUGGCUCAUCAUGCAGUGCAGCGACUUAAAGUAGCUCUGGGCAUGAGCAGGAAAACACUGCAAGAGCAAUCUGAUUCUAAAGAACUGAUACACACUUCUUCAACUGAACAGCUGCGCACUAUUAUAAGAUACCUCCUGGAUACCUUGCUAAGCCUUCUCCAUUCUUCCAAUGGGCACUCUGUUCCAGGAGUUCUACAAAACACUUUCCAUGCUCAAGCCUGUGAGGAGCUCUUUAAACACUUAUGCAUAAGCGGGACCCCAAAGAUCCGUCUGCACACAGGCCUUUUGCUGGUGCAGCUUUGUGGUGCUGAGAGAUGGUGGGGACAGUUUCUCUCCAAUGUUUUGCAGGAGCUCUACAAUUCGGAGCAGUUGUUGAUAUUUCCUCAGGAUAGGGUGUUCAUGCUUCUUUCAUGCAUAGGUCAAAGAUCACUUAGCAACAGCGGUGUUUUGGAAAGCUUACUGAAUCUAUUAGACAGUCUGCUUUCUCCUCUGCAGCCACACUUACCAAUAUAUCGCCGUGUUGAAGGUGUCUUGGACAUUCCCAUGAUUAGCUGGGUAGUCAUGCUUGUGUCCCGUUUACUGGACUACGUCGCUACUGUUGAAGAUGAAGCUGCAGCCUCAAAGAAGCCUUUAAAUGGAAAAGAAAGAGAGAGAUUCCUAUCAGGCAACCAAUGGAGUUUUAUUAACAAUAGCCUGCAUACACAUAGUAUGAGAAGUUCAACCAAAGGCAACAGUAGUCUGGAGAGGCUGUAUUCCAGGAAGAUCAGGAAACAGCUUGUUCAUCACAAACAGCAACUCAACCUACUAAAGGCAAAACAGAAGGCUUUAGUAGAGCAAAUUGAAAAAGAGAAAAUACAGAGCAACAAAGGAUCUUCCUACAAACUGUUGGUUGAACAAGCAAAGCUGAAGCAAGCUACUUCUAAGCACUUUAAAGAUUUGAUACGCCUGCGACGUACAGCUGAAUGGCCUCGAUCUGCUCAAGAUACAGAAGUAUCUGCAACUAAAGAGAUUCCAGAAAUAGAACCUCUUCCAUUUACCUUGGCACAUGAACGGUGCAUCUCUGUUGUACAAAAACUUGCACUCUUCCUCUUAUCAAUGGAUUUCACUUGCCAUGCUGAUUUGCUGCUGUUUGUCUGCAAGGUGCUAGCAAGGAUAGCAAAUGCUACACGUCCAACAAUACACUUGUGUGAAAUUGUAAAUGAGCAACAACUGGAAAGAUUGCUGCUUCUUCUGGUGGGGACAGACUUCAACCGAGGAGACAUCUCUUGGGGUGGCGCUUGGGCACAGUAUUCCUUGACUUGCAUGCUCCAGGAUAUUCUAGCAGGGGAGCUCCUGGCCCCUUUAGCUGCUGAAGCACUAGAUGAAGUGGCAAUGGGUGAGGAAGCAGGAGCCUCGGCUGGUGACUCAGAUGACUCCUGGCAGCAACUACCACUGUUCGAAUCUGUAGAUGAACCCUUGUUACCAGAUAUAUCAGGUGCUCCUCCUCUGUCAUCUUUGGAUAAAGAUAAAGAAAUUGACCUUGAAUUACUUCAAGACCUGAUGGAAGUUGAUAUUGAUCCUUUAGAUAUUGAUUUGGAAAAAGAUCCCCUUGCAGCCAAAGUCUUCAAGGUAUGGCACCCCAUAAGCAGUACAUGGUACGAUUAUUGGGGUGCUGAUUAUGGCACUUACAAUUACAACCCAUAUAUUGGAGGUGUUGGUAUUCCUGUUGCAAAACCCCCAGCAACAGUUGAGAAGAAUGGCACUCAGACCGUUACCGUGUCAGUGUCUCAAGCUCUAGAUGCCCGUUUGGAAGUUGGUCUAGAACAACAAGCAGAACUGAUGUUAAAGAUGAUGUCCACACUAGAGGCUGAUUCUAUUCUGCAAGCACUAACAAAUUCAUCUCCUGUGUUGUCUCAGCCUACCAGUGGGACGGAUGACUCUUUACUUCGGGGCAUGCAUGUAUCAAAUCAGGCCAAUAAGAUACUUGUUCAGUCGUCGUCUUUACCCAUGUUGAGUGUCUGCUUCAACAAACUCUUUUCCAUGCUGCAAGUACAUCAUGUUCAGCUUGAGUCACUUUUGCAAUUAUGGCUCACAUUGAGCCUAAAUUCUAACUCAUCUGGAGGCAAGGAGAAUGGAGCUGAUCUGUUCCUGUACAAUGCUAAUCGAGUGCCAGUCAUCUCUCUAAACCAAGCCUCGAUUACAAGCUUUUUAUCUGUCCUUUCCUGGCAUCCUAACACCUUGCUCCGGACGUGGUGCCUUGUGCUUCAUAGUCUCACACUGAUGACGAACAUGCAACUUAACUCUGGAUCAAGUAGCACUAUUGGACCUCAGGAAAAUACUGCACAGAUACUGGUAUCUGAUCCAAAUCUUCUCCAUGUACUUGUGAAAUUCCUCUCAGGUACAAAUCCCCAUGGGACCAACCAGCACAGUCCCCAGGUUGGGCCUACAGCUACUCAGGCAAUGCAAGAGUUUUUGACACGAUUGCAAGUUCAUCUCUCGUCUACCAGCCCACAGAUGUUUAGUGAAUUUUUGCUAAAGCUUAUACAUAUACUUUCCACUGAGAGGGGUGCGUUCCAAACAGGCCAAGGACCCCUGGAUGCACAGGUGAAGCUUCUGGAAUUUACCCUGGAACAGAAUUUUGAAGUAGUCUCAGUCAGCACCAUUUCUGCAGUCAUUGAAUCGGUUACCUUUUUGGUCCAUCAUUAUAUCACAUGCUCAGACAAAGUCGUAUCACGCAGUGGAUCAGACAGCUCAGUUGGUGCACGAGCAUGUUUUGGGGGACUUUUUGCAAAUAUCAUUAGACCUGGUGAUGCCAAGGCUGUUUGUGGAGAAAUGACAAGGGAUCAAUUGAUGUUCGACUUGCUAAAAUUAGUUAACAUCUUGGUUCAGCUACCUCUCUCGAGUAACAAGGAAUUUAGCGCUCGUGCGCCUGUUGUCAGUAGCACCACUGACAGUGUUUCUGAUGAAGAGAAAGUCUAUGGGGGAAAGGAUUGUAACAGCGCUUCAUCUAAUACACAGAAUUGCACAGCAUAUGUUGCAGAUUUGGUGUUAGCCAACCAGCAGAUAAUGAGUCAGAUUCUUUCAGCACUAGGCCAAUGUAAUAGCAGUGCAAUGGCCAUGAUUAUAGGAGCUAGUGGUUUGCAUCUAACAAAGCAUGAAAACUUUCAUGGAGGACUUGAUGCUAUAUCUGUUGGUGAUGGAUUAUUUACUAUUUUAACUACUCUCAGUAAAAAAGCCAGCACCGUACAAGUGAUGUUACAACCAAUUCUCACAUACAUGGCUUGUGGAUACAUGGGUAGACAAGGUUCACUUUCUACUUGUCAGUUGUCCGAGCCUCUGUUAUGGUUCAUUCUAAGAGUUCUAGACACAAGUGAGGCUUUAAAAGCAUUCCAUGAUAUGGGUGGUGUUCAACUUAUUUGUAACAACAUGGUUACCAGCACAAGAGCCAUUGUCAACACAGCCAGGAGUAUGGUAUCAACCAUAAUGAAGUUCCUUGAUUCUGGGCCCAGCAAGACAACUGAUAGCAGUUUGAAGGCAAGAGUGCUUGCUUCAGAGCCAGAUAAUGCAGAGGGCAUCCACAACUUUGCUCCUUUAGGUACAAUCACAUCAAGCAGCCCCACUGCACAGCCUGCUGAAGUUUUGCUGCAGGCAACCCCACCACACAGAAGAGCUCGAUCUGCUGCUUGGUCUUAUAUAUUUUUACCUGAGGAAGCCUGGUGCGAUCUCACCAUUCAUCUCCCAGCAGCAGUACUGUUAAAAGAGAUACAUAUUCAGCCUCAUCUUGCAUCACUUGCAACAUGCCCUUCAUCUGUAUCAGUGGAGAUAAGUGCGGAUGGUGUGAACAUGCUGCCUUUAUCAACACCAGUCAUUACAAGUGGACUAACUUACAUAAAAAUUCAGCUGGUUAAAGCAGAAGUGGCAUCAGCUGUUUGUUUAAGGCUACACCGUCCUCGAGAUGCCAGUACCCUUGGCCUGUCCCAGAUUAAAUUAUUAGGUUUAACUGCAUUUGGAAACACAUCUUCAGCAACAGUAAACAAUCCCUUUCUUCCCUCUGAAGAUCAGGUUUCUAAGACAAGUAUUGGCUGGUUACGGCUGUUGCAUCACUGUCUCACUCAUAUUAGUGAGCUGGAAGCAAUGAUGGCCAGUGCAGCAGCCCCUACAGCUAACCUUCUGCAGACAUGUGCUGCCUUAUUGAUGUCUCCAUACUGUGGUAUGCAUUCACCAAACAUUGAAGCUGUGCUGGUCAAGAUCGGUCUUCAGUCGACAAGAAUAGGACUUCGGCUAAUUGAUAUACUGCUUCGUAACUGUGCUGCUUCAGGAAGUGAUCCUGCAGAUCUGAAUAGUCCACUUCUCUUUGGAAGACUCAAUGGUCUUUCAUCAGACUCAACAAUAGAUAUUCUCUACCAGCUUGGAACUACUCAAGACCCUGGAACAAAAGAUCGAAUUCAGGCUUUGCUGAAAUGGGUUAGUGAUUCUGCCCAAGUUGCCUCACUGAAAAGGAGUGGUUGGAGCAACUACAUAUCUCCAAACAGCUCCUCAAGGGAAUUUGGCCUUUUGAUGCCGUCCCCAUCCCAUUUGCACUGUGUAGCUGCAAUUCUGUGGCACAGCUACGAACUUCCUGUUGAAUAUGAUUUACCAGGUUUGCUGAACAGAGAUUUAUUUGAAUCUUUGUAUAAAUGGUCUAUGUCUCUACCCUGCAAUAUGGUCUUAAAGAAAGCAGUGGAUGGCCUCCUGUGCUCCAUGUGUCAUAUCCAUCCUAAUUACUUCUCUUUGCUUAUGGGCUGGAUGGGUAUCACACCACCUCCAAUUCAAAGCCAACACAGACUGUCCAUAACAGAUGACAGCAAAAAGCAAGACCUUAAUGCAUCACUGACAGAUGAUUCUAAAAAUGCACAAGCACCUCUUGCACUUACAGACUCUCACUUGGCUACUCUUGCUGCCGCAUCUCAGUCUCCAGAAGCCAUCAAGCAACUACUUGAUUCUGGUUUGCCCUCCCUUUUAGUCCGAAGCCUUGUAAAUUUUUGCUUUAAUCACAUAUCAAGUUCUGACUGUGCUGCUACACAUACAGACUUCACACAGGAGAGACUCCGAAGGCAACACACAUCACAGCACUUUAGCAAGAUGCCUGUAACAGCAGACUUGGUUGCACCAAUUCUCAGGUUUUUGACUGAGGUCGGCAAUUGUCAUGUAAUGAAGGAUUGGCUUGGGGGUGCAGAAGUUAAUCCUUUAUGGACAGCACUUCUGUUUUUACUUUGUCAUUCUGGUGCCAGCACAGCUGGACAUGUUACUGCUCCACCACAUGCAAGUAGCCGGUGUACUUUGUUAAACUCGAAUGCAGGAAAUGGCCUUACCACCCAACAGAGAACUGCAGUUGAAAAUGCAUCAGUGGCCUUUUUCUUACAAUGCAUAUCCUGUCAUCCAAACAAUCAGAGGCUAAUGGCACAGGUCCUGUGUGAGCUUUUUCAGUCUUCCCCACAACGUGGCAGUCUCCCUGCAUCUGCUAAUAUUUCGGGCUUCAUCAGAAGACUUUUCUUGCAGCUGAUGCUGGAGGAUGAGAAAGUGACCAUGUUUCUUCAGUCCCCAUGUCCUCUGUAUAAGGGUAGGAUCAAUGCCACAAGUCACAUCAUUCAGCAUCCAAUGUAUGGAGCAGGGCACAAAUUCCGCACACUUCAUUUACCCAUUUCCACCACAUUGGCAGAACUACUAGAUCGUGUCUCAGAUACUCCAAGUAUCACUGCAAAAUUAAUAAGUGAGCAGAAGGAUGAUAAGGAGAAAAAAAAUCAAGAAGAAAAAGAGAAAGUCAAGGCGGAAAAUGGUUUUCAGGACAAUUACAGUGUGGUUGUUGCUUCUGGUUUAAAAUCUCAAUCUAAAAGAGCAGUGUCCUCCACACCACCAAGGCCACCAUCUCGGCGUGGGAGAGUAAUAGCAGAUAAAGUUGGGAGCUCUUCAUCAGGAGUAGAAUCUUCCAGCAAGACAAUUAGCAUUCCGGUCUUUCACCUGUACCAUAAACUACUUCCUGGUCAACCAUUGCCACCAGAGAUGACUCUUGCCCAGCUUCUGACUUUACUUUAUGAGAGGAAGCUACCUCAGGGCUUUCGUUCUGUAGAUUUGACAGUGAAAUUGGGUUCAAAGGUUAUAUCUGAUCCAAGCUUGUCUAAAACUGACUCGUUUAAACGUCUGCACACAGAGAAAGAACAUGGAGAUUUGUUAGGUACCUGUCCUGAAGAGGAAGCUUUAAGUCCAGGCGAUGAAUAUGUAGAUUCACUUUUGGAUGACUCUUAUCUUGAAACGUGUCCAAUACAAUCUCCACUGCAAGUGUUUGCUGGAAUGGGAGGCUUGGCACUCAUCGCUGAGCGACUUCCUAUGCUUUAUCCUGAUGUCAUUCAGCAAGUGAGCGCUCCUGUUGUUACGUCAACAACUCAAGAAAAACCAAAGGACAGUGAUCAGUUUGAAUGGGUCACAAUUGAACAAUCCGGAGAGCUGGUUUAUGAGGCACCAGAAACAAUUGCUGCAGAGCCACCACCUAUUAAGUCUGCAGUGCAAACUAUGUCCCCUAUUCCUGCUCACUCCCUAGCUGCCUUUGGACUAUUUCUCCGUCUCCCUGGGUAUGCAGAGGUACUGCUUAAGGAGCGUAAGCAUGCCCAGUGUUUACUUCGUCUGGUACUAGGAGUUACAGAUGAUGGAGAAGGAAGUCAUAUUUUACAGUCUCCAUCUGCAAAUGUUUUGCCUACGCUUCCUUUUCACGUCUUACGGACUUUAUUCAGCACAAUGCCACUGACCACAGAUGAUGGGGUGCUCUUGAGGCGCAUGGCUUUAGAAAUUGGGGCAAUACAUCUAAUUCUUGCCUGUCUAUCUGCUUUGAGUCACCAUGCCCCAAGAAUUCCAAAUUCUACCACCAGUCAGACAGAGCCGCAGGUCUCUAGUUCUCACAGUAGUGGCACUUGUGAAGAACAGCAACUAUACUGGGCUAAAGGCACUGGAUUUGGGACAGGCUCUACUGCAUCUGGCUGGGAUGUUGAACAGGCACUUACAAAGCAAAGACUGGAGGAAGAGCACGUUACGUGUUUGUUGUUGGUUCUUGCUAGCUACAUAAAUCCAUCUGGAUGUGCAAUAAAUGGAGAAAUUCAGAUCAAUGAAAGCAGGGGCCAGAACAGCAGUGCCCUCCCAUCUGUUUUACUAGAGCUUCUCAGUCAGUCCUGCCUUAUCCCAGCAAUGUCGUCAUAUCUCCGAAAUGAUUCAGUUUUGGAUAUGGCUCGGCAUGUGCCCUUGUAUCGGGCCCUUUUAGAGCUGCUCCGAGCUAUUGCUUCAUGUGUAGCGCUGGUACCUCUGUUGCUCCCAUUGAGUGGAGGGGAAGAGGAAGAGGAGCAGUCUGAGUCCCAGGCAUCUGUAGGCACCUUGCUGGCUAAAAUGAAAACCUGUGUUGACACGUACACCAACAGAUUAAGAUCCAAGAAAGAUAAGGCCAAAGCAGGAGUGAAACCAGAUGCUUCUGAUCCAGAGCCAGAGGGCCUAACGCUGCUUGUGCCAGACAUUCAGAGAACCGCAGAAAUAGUAUCUGCUGCCACCACCAGCCUGCGUCAGGCUAAUCAAGAAAAGAAACUGGCAGAGUCUUCCAAAAAAUCUCUAGUGAAAUCGAAACCUUUCUCUAUCUUACGUUCCUUAGAAGAGAAGUAUGUGGCUAUCAUGAAAAAGCUUCAGUUUGAUACUUUUGAGAUGGUUUCCGAAGAUGAUGCAGGAAAACUGGUGUUUAAAGUGAAUUACCACUACAUGUCACAGGUGAAGAAUGCUAGUGAUGCAAACAGUGCUGCGCGAGCCCGCCGACUUGCCCAGGAAGCAGUGACCCUGUCAACCUCACUCCCGCUUUCUUCCUCAUCCAGUGUGUUUGUGCGAUGCGAUGAGGAGCGACUUGAUAUAAUGAAGGUUUUAAUAACAGGCCCUGCAGAUACUCCGUAUGCAAAUGGAUGCUUUGAAUUUGAUGUAUACUUCCCUCAAGAUUAUCCAAAUUCACCACCCCUUGUGAAUCUUGAAACUACCGGAGGUCAUAGUGUUAGGUUUAAUCCAAACCUUUACAAUGAUGGGAAGGUAUGUUUAAGUAUACUGAAUACUUGGCAUGGGAGGCCAGAGGAAAAAUGGAAUCCACAAACAUCAAGUUUUUUGCAGGUAUUGGUUUCCAUCCAAUCUCUUAUACUUGUCUCUGAACCCUAUUUUAAUGAACCUGGAUAUGAGAGAUCAAGGGGUACACCAGGUGGCACGCAGAGUUCUAGGGAAUAUGAUGGAAAUAUCAGACAGGCCACUGUCAAAUGGGCCAUGCUAGAACAAAUUCGAAACGCAUCACCGUGUUUUAAGGAGGUGAUCCACAAACACUUUUACUUGAAACGAGCAGAAAUCAUGGCUCAGUGUGAGGACUGGAUAGUGGACAUCCAGCAAUUCAGCAGUGACAAGCGUGUCGGCAGGACCAUGUCCCAUCAUGCAGCUGCUUUAAAGAGGCAUACGGCUCAGCUCCGAGAAGAACUCUUAAAGCUCCUGUGCCCGGAAGGCUUGGACCCGGAUGCUGAUGACUGCACAGAAAAAUGCCUUGCCGCCGCGAGCUGCGAGGAAACGACAUUGCACGAACCGGCCAAACCAAGCAGCAGCAAAGACGCCUCUAGUGACUUCCGAUUCUAAGCUGCAAUGGCACGGACUUGAGACACACAGGCUUGGAAGCACAGCCAAAUAUGUCCAUAUUUGUAUGUAAGAAGCUAACUAUGUAAUAGUUAAUGACGCUGAAACUAUACAGUACUUUGCCCUUAAGGAUAUACAGUUUAAUUCAAGAUGAUCUUUUACCUGUACAAGAGUGUAAACUUUUUUUGUGCUUUUAUUUUUCAAUUGUGAGAACCACUGAUUGGUAUGUUUAACAGAAAUGUAAACAUAAACAUGGCGAAAUCACUGAAACAAGGGAAAGUACCUUAGGAAAGAAUGUUUACUGAAUGUUUUCUUUUUUUUUUUUUUACCUGUAGAGUGAGGGCGUUGUAACAAAGAAUAUAUAUUGGUCAUUCUUAUAACUAUAACUAUUUAAAGAGCGCAACUUUUCACUGAAUUUGAUAGAUUUCGGCCAUACCUUCAUUCUCAUCUAUGAUUUCUACCGAAGACUCCUGCAUUCUUCAAUAAAAAUGAAAUCGACCCACUCCCUAGUAAAUGAUUUACUGGUACAUUUUUUUAAGAAUAAACCUGCAAUUUCCAAUCCGUAGAACUGGAGAGCCGCUCUUGUAAGACUGAAUUUAUCACAGUCAUUGUUUCAUUCGAUGCUUUUCAAUUACAACUGCACAAGAAAUAAAUGGACAUGGUUUUACCUUCA